CAAUUGAAAGGAAGGGGAGGAGGAGCGCCGCCGCUCGCCGUGGUUAAAGCAGUACAGAGCUCAGUGUGCGCACUGACAGCAUGGCAGGAGACAGCGACAGCAAGUUGGACAAUCAAGCCGAAAAUGAGCAUGUUGUCAGGCAACCUUUCCUCAUCGGGGUAGCCGGCGGCACUGCCAGCGGCAAGUCAUCAGUUUGUGGGAAGAUCAUGGAGCUUCUUGGCCAGAAUAAGAUCGACCAUCAUCAGAGGCAGGUGGCCAUCCUCAGUCAGGAUAGUUUCUACAGGGUAUUAACCUCUGAACAGAAGGCCAAGGCUCUAAAAGGACAAUUUAACUUUGACCAUCCAGAUGCGUUUGAUAAUGAGUUGAUAGUACAAACCCUUUGUGAAAUCAUGGAGGGGAGAACUGUCCAGAUUCCCGUCUACGACUUCGUUACCCACUCAAGGAAAGAAGAGACGGUCACUGUUUAUCCAGCAGAUGUAGUUUUAUUUGAAGGCAUUCUUAUGUUUUAUUCGCAAGAAAUCCGAGAUCUCUUUCAAAUGAAGCUGUUUGUGGAUACGGAUGCAGAUACACGUCUGUCACGCAGAGUUCUGAGAGACAUCAGUGAGAGAGGUCGUGACCUAGAGCAAGUGCUAAGCCAAUAUAUAACAUUUGUUAAGCCUGCCUUCGAGGAGUUCUGUCUGCCAACAAAAAAGUAUGCUGAUGUGAUAAUUCCAAGAGGAGCUGAUAAUCUGGUUGCCAUAAAUUUGAUAGUGCAACACAUUCAGGAUAUUCUAAAUGGUGGUUUGACCAAACGCUUGAACGGAUACCUCAAUGGCCACAAUACGCCUCGUAAGCGGCAUCCCUCAGAGUCCAGCAGCAGGCCGCAUUGACCAGCCUUCCAUCAGGACGUCUGGGAGUGUGGAAGAGAAUGAAUGUGUGAAGGAUGGAUGCAAGAGAAAAGAAGGAUUGCUUGUGCAUUCUGUUAAUUAGCCAACACUGUAUAAGACAAAAAUUCAAGAAUUUCAAAGACUGCCUUUUAUUUCGUUCUGCUUCCUUCUUUUUGUUUUUUGGACUGGCUACACUUGAUACUACUACACUUGUUUUAGAAGUUAGAAAGAUAAAUGGAACUUUUAGUUCUGGGAUUGUUAAAGGUCAAAAUGGAUAUUUCCUUUUAUUUAUUUUAGCAUUUUUAUUAUUUUUUUUUUUUUUACUUUUUCUUUAAAAGUAUGUUUGUUGACAAAAAGUGGGGAUGCAGAUAAUUAAAUGUUACACGACUCCAUGGUAAUGAGGAUUGAAGAUAUAUUUUAGAAUUUAUUAUUAUUAUUAUUUUUACCCUUUUAUCAUAUCAUUUAUUUAAAGGACCUCUUCACUGGAUAGAGUCCAAAAAAAAAGUUGUUUUAAAAUCCUUUGUUUGCUUUUCAGUAGCUUUUAGUAUUCUGGCAUUAGUUUUGUGAUGCCCCUCUAUGAUCAGUGUUUCUUGCAGAAGGAUAUACAUUUAUUCCUCCUUUUCACUUGAACAAUUCAGGCAGUGUUUUUACAACAGGCCUCUCAGGGUGUAGCUACUACAAAUUAAAAAUAACUUACUUUUUGUCCUAAAAGGAAUGAGACGUCUAUACAGAAGACAUCAGAGAUCACAUCUCUAAAAUAGAAAGGGCGGUAAUCUGGCUAAUUAAGCAAAGCUAAAUUUGUAUAUAUUCAUAUUCCGUUCUGAAUUACAAACCUUGUACUUCUAGAAUAUUUACAGAGAUGCCAUGUGAUCCUCAUUAACCAUGGUCUUGUGCUUUAAAACAAAGCCCAGUGGUUGAUUGUGCAGCAUUGCUGUGGAGUGUUAGCAUGAACUAAUGUCUGUUUGUCAAGAGAUUUAUGUUCAUAUACUAUGCACUGUAACCUUGACUCUAAUAAUGCAAUUUGACACUCAGUUUAAUUAGACUUGUGCAAGGCAUUUAGACAAACGGAGAUGCUUACUUGAAAUGAAUUCUCAGAGUCUCUUUAUCCUUUGCAAUGUUAUUUUAUUUUAUUUUUUUAAACCCAUUAUUUUACUAGUUGUGACUUAAAAUAUACACCAUGAUGCCACUUUGGUAAGUCUUUGACAAAACUCACCAAAGAGUUAAUUUAGUUUCCUUCAACAGAUGUUUUUGUAGUCCGAACCAUGUAAUUUCCAUGCGCAAUACAUAUUUUCCCUUUUAGCUCAGUUUUCCUGCAUCUUAGAGCCAGAGAGAAGCCAUUAAAGGCACUCUGAAAUCAUUCAGGGAUGUGAAACUAAAAAAUCCAACCUUUAAACUUGAUCCUGACUGUAAAAUGACCCCAUAUAUAUCUUCCCUUUGGGUUUUGAAAUCUUUAACUUAAAAUUGGUUAAUCAGUUAUAUACAAAUUGUUCCCAUUUACCUUUCUUUGUAAUAUCGCUGUAUUUUAUUUUCUGGUUGGCUUCAUUCAAAUUGCUGCUAUGAUACAGGUGACUCAUUUACUAUCUUAUGUAAAAAUGAUAAAUGGUCAGUUAUUAAAUGAUGUGAUUAUUAAUUUGAUCGAAUACAAUUGUUUCGAGGAUAAUGCCAUUUAGAUUUCAUUAUCUAAAUGCCAUUAAAUAAGUCAUCAUUGUUUCACUAAGGCCAGAGGAAAAAACCGACAACAAAAAAAAAACAUGACUUGAAUAUUUAUUUGGUGCAUUCUUACCCCUGUGCUGUUUAUUUGGACAAAAUUGCAUAAAUUAUUCUCAAUAUUUUGUUGACUUCUGGUCCUUGGUUUCCUUUGGGUAUUAAAUGUGUGAUUCAAUCAG